UCGACAUUGGGAUCGGUACGGGAGUCGGCUGUGAAGCUUUGUAGACUUACGUGUACAUAUAAAAACAAGUUUCAAUCUGUGCGCGUCAAGCUUAUUUAAAGUUGUUUACUUGUUAUUCACUUACGGUCUGGAUUUUGAAACUGGACACGAUUGUGAAUAAAGAAAACAAAAUCUUGCAAUUUUUAAAUGGCUGUGUAAUAUAAAAAAGAAAUUGGAAAAAAAGUUGAUUGGAAUCGGAAACGUAGUAAAAAGGGGGUUAUUUGCAUGAGUCGCAUUUUUUUUUGGUGGCGAAACAAGUUUUCCUCGUUGUUGAAGAAGUGAAAUUGAGCAGUAAAUGAGUGGGGUCCGCUAAGCAUAUUGGAGACUUUACGCCGCAAUGGAUUUCAUUUGACCCUGAAAUUGUAAAGAUACAACAACAACAAAUGCAAUGUGUGGCUAAAUAAAGAACUACCAUCCAACAAGUUUCCAAACAAACAAGCGAAAAGUGCAUACGUAAAUACUUACAUACAUCCAUAUAUAGAUGUGCGUACGUAUGUACAUAUAUGUAAAUAUUACUGCAUAAAGCAACAACACAGAUCCAAACAAGAAGUAAACAACAGCAAAGAAGCACGUGUGCUGAAGAGCCGGCAAAUGGAUAGCAGAAGAGAGGAUGAACGAGUGGAAGUUGCGCCAACCCACAGCCGUUGGGAGAAGAUUAAAAAAAAUUGUAUGUCACCAUGGUACAAAAAGAUAUCAGUUGAACCCACUAUGUUCCUAUAUAUGUUUGCCUUCAUGAUAACCUCAGUGGUGGAGCAGGAUUUCUUCGUACAGAAGGCGUGUCGCGUGAACAAUAAUUUUAGUGAAGAAAUUUGUUCGAAUAUAAAGGCGGAUGAAAAUGCUGCGUAUAAAAAGCAAGUACAGAUCACAACGGCGAAAUUUCAUCAAAUCGAGUCGAUUUCAGCGCACGUGUUCCCCAUUAUAUUAGCGCUUUUUCUCGGGUCGUUCUCCGACCGGCGAGGGCGCAAAUUUCCGCUACUCAUGGGGCUGACAGGCAAGCUCAUCUAUUCUGUGAUGAUUGUGGUGAAUGCGAGGAUGAAGACUUGGCCAUUGGAGUACGUGAUCUAUACAGCCACACUGCCAUCGGCGUUGACGGGCGCGGAUGUUGCAAUAUUCGCUUCGUGCUUUGCCUACAUCUCCGAUAUAUCGACGCUGAAGAAUCGCACCUUGCGGGUAACCAUAUUGGAUAUCUGCUAUUUAAGCGCCAUGCCAACGGGUGUGGCUUUAGGCUCACAUCUCUUUUAUAAUGCUUUUAAUAAAUCAUAUGCUGAUAUGUUCACGCUAAAUGCCUCACUACUGGCACUCUCUAUCGUCUAUACGUUGCUAGCGCUCAAGUGGCAAACUACCGCCAAACAGCGUUCCCUACGCGAGCUCGGCUGCUGUGGCUUCUUUCCAGACUUCUUCGAUAAGGAACAUGUCAAGGACUCUUUCAACGUUUUGGUUAAGCCACGGCCGGGUCACAGACGACCAUUUCUCAUCAUACUACUCAUCACAAUGGCCUUGUAUACCUUCCAACGCGAUGAGAAUCAGUAUCUCUUUCUCUACACCACAUUCAAGUUCAAUUGGAAUGUGGAUGUCUACAGCACUUUCAAGACGUUCAAGUCGUCCGCUUAUGUAAUAGCCAUGCUGUUGGCAGUGCCAUUGAUGAAUAAGGGCUUUCAUUGGAAGGAUACGACCAUCAUCUUCAUUGGCGCUUGGGCGCACGCCAUAGCACGUUUAUUCUACUACUUCGCCGAUACCGGCACACUCUUCUAUGUGGGCGCCUUGAUUUGCAGUUUAGGUCCAAUAGUUGGUCCAAUGAUACGUGCGAUGACUUCUAAGAUUGUGCCACAAUCGGAGCGUGGUAAGGUCUUCGCGCUGCUCGCGGUCUGCGAUAAUGCUGUGCCCUUCAUAAGCGGGGUGUGUUAUUCGCAAGUCUACCGCGCGACGCUCAAUGAUGAUGGCAAGGGUGGUGAGGGCGUGUUUCUGCUAACCAUCGCUACACAAAUGGCCGUUUUCGUGCUAAUCCUCUCCAUUCACGUAAUACUCGGCGAACAAUCAUUGGCAGUACCGGAGGUUAGUGAGAAGGAAUCUCAACUCAUUGCUGGCGGUAAAGAUGCAGGCUCCGCUCAAGCCAAUCAUGGCGAUACCAUUGUUGAGAAGACUGCGAUCGCUGCCAUAAGCGCUAAUGUGGAGGAGAGAGCAAUCACAUAUACGUAGUAUGCCCCGACAAGACUUUUCCUAUCUUCACUUUGUUUGUAUUAUUUAAGGAAGGUUUUCUAGUAGAUAUGCAUAAAAUUAUGAAACAGAGUUAUGGAGAAAAAAAAUAUUUAAUAAUUUUCGUAAAAA